GGGACAAUUUCCUAACCCAGUUGUGAACUUGCAAGACUCAUUUUACGCCAUUGUCUCACACGUGUAUUCUUCGCUGCCCGUUCACUCAGAAUCAUGGAGGAAUCGAUGGCUAUAAAGGAAAAAGAUCCCAGUACUGCCCAACUUCAUCUAAAUCCCGCCACCGGCAACAACUGUUCUAUUUGUGAAAAAAUACAAUCGCUGAACAGUUUGUGGGAGGCAGUGGAUGAUAGCCCAGAAUUUGUAAAAUGUCUAGAGGACUUGAAAGCAAAUGAGCAUGGCGAGCUUGACGCAUGGCUCGACGCUAAAACGAUGACGAUUGAACUCUUAGGUUGCCAUUUUCUUAAACGUAGUGAAUUUGAAUUCAGAAACUGCUAUGGACCGAUGUUUGAAAGCUGUCGUGCUCAUUCAUUAAUCAAAAAACAUGUUCAGGAACGGUUCCCUGAUGUAGCAGACGACCAGUUCGACUCGGAUGUCAAAAGUUGGUUCAAUGAUCAAUACUCGUUAUUUGAAGAGUUAAAGUUUGUUUCCGUUGUCGAUGAUCAGGAACAAGCUGCUGAAUGUGUAACUGAAAGUGGAGAAACAGUUGGAAUGCUGAUAUCUUUAAUUGCCAAAACGAUUGCAGGAAAGUGAAGACGGUUAUUUGUAUGGUAUCCUUAAUCACAUUUUCGAAAAAAAUGCUGUGGGGAUGGUACUACAUUUUGGAAUUGAUCAGGAAAAAGGACAUUUCUAUUAUUUGAUUCGUGAUGUUGUGUUGGAUAAAUUUUCUCAAGCAUUCGAUGAGAAUUCCUUUGAUGAAUGUGUGAAGAAUUGGUUCUGCGAUUGCAAAUUUCAUUACAGAACUCUUAGUGCAUAUGUUUAUAAUUCACCUGGCCAGGAUAUCAUUCGUAACAACUGCAAUCUAUGU